AUGCCGUCAGUUCAGCAACACAAAUGCGCGGAAGCGGCAGCGCUUUUAAAACAGGCAGAGAAAGCCCUUUCAAAGCGCUCUUUUUUUCGCGGCUCAUCCGACUAUUUGACGGCAGCACCACUUUUAGAAAAGGCUGGCGAGCUCUUUCGCCUCGGAGGCGACUUUGAAGCCAGCAAGCAAGCCUUUACGCGUUGUGCAGACGCUCAGAAGCACAACCAGUCGCCAUUUCGUGCCGCACAAGCCUGGGAGAAUGUGGCCAAGACAGCUCUGCAGCAACUUAAAGACGAGCGAUCUGGAUCACAUAACUCACAAUUGCGCGCGACAGAGGCGCGCACAGCUUAUGAAACAGCCAGCAGUUUCUAUGCUGACAUGGGCGAGUUUGGCAAGGCCGCAGACGCACUAGUCAAAGGUGCGCAAGCUUGUGAGAGUCACGGAUCUAGUGCGGAUGACGUACUACCACUCUAUUGGCGAGCGUGCGACCUACUGGAGGCGCAAGAUAAACCUCACUUUGCAGUCGAAACGUUCCGCAAGACGCUGAGUUUCCUGGUGAAAUAUGGCAAAUAUAGCGACGCCAUUAAGCUGUCGGAUCGCUUAAAGGCGCUUUACGAGGCCAUGGAUCAGCGCCAUAACAUACAUAAGAUGCAUUUGAGCCAAGUGAUCCUCAUGCUAGCAUUGGGCGACGUGCCUGCAGCUGAUGCGCUGUACUCACGCUCUCUGCAAGAUGACUCCUUUUUGUCUUCUGAUGACUGCGCCUUAGCUGAAGAUUUAGUGCGCGCUUUUAAAAUGGGGAACGAAGAGCUUCUGCAAGCUACCGUACGCAAGCCUGGCUUCUUGGCCCUGGACAACCAACUUGGUCGGAUAUGCCGCAAAUUGUCGGUGUUCGGAUCUGGGCCACCGCAACAACAAAAUCGACCGGUUUCAUCUGGUAGGGAAAGGAUGCAAUUAAAGCAGCAGUCAAGUUCGUCUGCACCAUCAGCACGUGUACCUCAGACCCAACGGAACCCGUUCGCGCCAUCUGCAAGAUCAGCAGCAGGUGCUUCACUAAAUUCGGAGUAUGACGUUUCGGCGUCUGAGGUCGAGGCCAAUACUUCUGAUGUGCGGGACAGUGACUAUGAAGCGAUGCUUGCCGAAGCUUUGGGUGAGGGUGACGUAUCAAAAGGCAAGAGGAAAACGAAUGUGAAGAAAAAGCGGCACCAGCAUUCUGCAAUGCCAGAGCCAUCCGCUCACUCGUCGGCUUUGUCACCUACUGUCGUGCAUUCUCCACUGCCUGGAGCAAUGCGUGCCAGUGGAAACAUGAGCUAUGAGGAUGACGACCUUGCAUUUGCAAUGCCAGACUCUGGUUUCACUGAGCUCUCAAUCAAUCCAGGUGACAUGGCCGCUGCUAGCUACUCUGAGUCAUCUGUGGCAACUACUCAGAAAGGGAAGGCACCAGCAACAAAACCUGCACCUAAAGAUGCGUACGAUGAGUUUGACCUCACGUAG